AUUUUAUUAUCAAGGCGGAGUGAAACUGAAGAUAUUUGUCUUUGUCCUGGCAUAUUUCGACAGCUUAAAGGCGCUUUCUAUACCGGAAGUAAACCUGAGAGGUCGUCAUGGGGAGCAAAGUCAGCUCCAAAAUGGCAGCUCCUACCACUCGAGUUAUUCAGGCUGUUCGGCCUCACGCUCCCCUGAUUAAGUUUCCCAACAGGCAAGGCAUCCCAAGGCCCAAUGUUCAAGAGGCAUUGAAAAUGUUAACAGUUAACUUUCCACAACACAAUGCUCCCAGUUCUCCUUCGGCUCCAACGCCGCCUCUGUUAUCAAGACCUCACGCACCUUUGAAUCCAGCCCCUAGCACGCCUGACACCCUGGCCUCUAUUCAGUUAGUCCCUGCAAGGUACCGCAGGAGACCGCUGACAGUGGAUGAAAUUGACUACAUCCAGCGUGGUGGACCAGAGUGACAUGAAGCUACUCAAUCACUGCAGCCAAAGGCCACAUCUGUCGGAGAUCAGUGUUUUUAUUCAUCAGCACAAGAAAAAUGAAUGCCACGAGACACGAUGUAGAAUAAAGGGUUGUGUAAAUCCUGUUAAAAUGUACAUAUGUUUAUUUUUAGGUUUUAAAUUUGUAUUGUAAGUUCAAAAUAAGGGGCGUCUUCACUGUAUUUCAUGCACCAUCAUUAACAUUAGCUUCUAUGUUUUCCUUUAUUUACUGGCACCACAACUGUUUCUUGCAGAUUUUUUUGCCUGUGUUGAAACUUAGUUUUAGCAUUAUAAACAAGUCAGGAUUUUUCAGAUUUUUAUUUUCUUCAUAUUAUUUACCCAAAAUUGAAGCACAAGGUUCUGGUACAGAGAAUCAUCGGGAGGUUUCUUUGUUCUCUGUCACUGCAGUAAACUAACCGACUGUUUUUUGGAGCUAACAAAGGCUGAAGAGGUGCUGGAUAUCACAUCAUAUUGCAUGAAAUGGUGCUGAGGUCAUGUGAACUACUGAUUAAAAGACUUGUAUUUUG